AUGGCGGCGCCCAGCUCCGCGGCUGCAGCGCCCGUCCCCGAGAGCGAGGAGGGCGAUUUGGGAGGCAAAGCCAAGUCUCCGGCCAUCACCCCGCAGAAGAUCCGGGAGCUGAUAGAUGAGGGCAUCGCUCCGGAGGAGGCGGGCCUGGAAGGAAAGGACACUUCUGCCUUAUCCGACGCUGCCAACGGACCCUCCCGGACCGACGAGCUGCCUUUUGAAACCACCAGCAAGGAAGCCUUCUUCGGCAGAGUGGAAACAUUCACCUCUCUCAAAUGGCCCGGCAAGCCCCACGAGCUGUCUCCCCUGAUCUGCGCCAGGUACGGAUGGACCAACGUCGAGUGCGACAUGUUGAAGUGUGCCAGCUGCCAGGCCUACCUCUGCGCCAGUCUGCAGCUGGCUUUCGACUUCAGCAAGUACAAGGAGAGGUGUUCGGAGCUGAAAAAAGCCCUGUCGACUGCACAUGAGAAGUUCUGUUUCUGGCCAGACAGUCCCUGCCCAGAUCGCUUUGCCGUCUUGCGGGUCGACGAGCCCCUGGCUCUUCUCGGCGACUUCCUGGAGCGCUUCCAGGGUCUGUGCCAGUUGGAGCUUCAGCUUCCCUCCUUGAAGCCAGAAGAUCUGAAACACAUGUCCUUGUCCGAAGAGAAGAUCAGCCUCCUGCUCCAUCUGAUCGAGGAGGAACUCGACUGCAAAGCGGAGGGCGGGAAGCCCGCCACGAAGCGCCCUUCGGACCUCCUCCAGGUCCACAUCCCUGCCUGCGUCUUGGCCUUCUGCGGCUGGACUAGCAGCCCUUCCUCCGGAUCCAUCCCUCUCCCCUUGAUCACCUGCUGCCGCUGCAUGAGGAAGGUGGGGCUUUGGGGCUUCCACCAGGCGGAGUGCACUGCACCGGAGACGGACCCGCCCGCCGGCCUGAUGGCCACCCCCCCCAAUCCGACCGACGGGCGAUCGGACAAAGUCCCGGCGGUCCCCACCUCUCCACGCCGGAUGAUCACCCGAAGCCAGGAUACAACUUUCCCUCUGGGCUGUGAACAGCAGCAGGAGAAGAGCCCGUCCCCAGGGAUCAGCCGCAUGCGGAGCUGGGACAGCUCGAGCUCCAGCGAACGGCUGGAUGGGGAAGCGGCCAGCCCCACCCCCCGGAGCCGCCCCGUGACCCGCAGCAUGGGGCAAGGCGAAGCCAGCGGCCUGGGCGCGGAGGUGCCGUCCAGCCCCCACCGGAAGGCCAAGAGGGCACGCCUCUGCUCCUCCAGCAGCUCGGAUUCAUCUCCCCGAAGCUUCUUCAACCCUGUCUCCCAGCACCGCGACUGGUGUCCUUGGGUCAACACGGUGAAGGAGACAGAAACCUCUGGGAACAGCGAAGACCAAGCGGACGGAACACCCAGAAAGUCAGAUCUCGGCUGGCAAGCGGUCCUGAAGGUUCUCCUCUCUUCCAAGCAGACCGACGGUCUGGCGGAUACGGCGUCUGAGAGCCUCUCGGUGAAAUCCAGCAAGGUGUUCCGGAUCUUCCGACAGUGGGAAGCGGCCUCUUCCUCCAGCCUUUGAUGGCGCCAAGGAAACGCGCAUGCUGGGGUGGGACUUCUGUUUGUGUCGUUUUUAAUAGAAAAAGACUGUGCUGUGCGUGGGAGCCAAGGCCGUCUGGAGAAGAACCCGCCUUGCAGACCAGGGCGAUUUUCGAGGGUCGCACGGAAUCCUCAACUGUCAGCUGCCGUUUUCCUUUCUCCUUUGGCUUCCCACGAGUGUUUCCAGAAGCCUUUGUGGCUGGCAGCCAAUGGCCGGGGCAGUUCUCCACUUCACAGUGGCCAUGGGGGGGGGGG